CCUACGCAGAUUACAUCCGCCAAGCGCCAGCUGGGUGCACUUCGCACCGGUCGCUGGUACAUUCCAUUUUCCAUUCCCGCCGUCCGCUAAACGCUUACCCGCGCCGAAGCGAAUAGACGUGUUCAUCGCGCUACCAUGAUACCAUACGAUAUAUCGUACACAUAUUAUCGUAACUUAGUUAUUUCCGAAAUGUAACUAUUUCCUUCUACUGUGCAUAAAAAUUAACAGUUUUAUGUAUCAAGUGCUCAAUAUAAUAAGUACUUCGAGUGUGAAUAAACGUAGUGUUGUGCUAAAAAUAAUUUUACUGUUUGUUUUUUUCACUAUCGGUGCACGAUGCAAGACGUUCUGAAUUUUUUCAAUAAUGUUGUUUCUAUGUUGAAAGUGUGCUAUUUUGUACUUUUAGAAACAUGUUGACAGGGUUUUUAGUGUUUCUGCUAGUUUUCCUCCAUGCAUUACAGUUUGCAUACUCCUCAAGCCUACUAUGCGGGCGCACCAAAGAGGUGGAGGUGGGCAACAACAUCGGCGCAGGCGCAGCGCUGGCGCUGACGCUGCUGCGACCUCCCUCCUCCAACUCUACCAGCCCCUGCCAGCUGAGGCUCAACGCGCCGGACGCAGCUGCAUUCACUGUCCGACUUAUUGAUGUUAAGGAAUCUCUGUCGGACUGGGAGCGUGGAGCGGCGGAUGUCCAGGCACCCGCGACUCUGCCCGGAGCGCUGGGUCGCAAGUGGAGCAUGCGGAGUGCGCACGCGCAGGACACCACCACAGGUGACACCACGCACAGCAGCAACGCCACGGACUCGUGUAAACUUCUUGUUUAUAUCGGAGAAGAGAAGACUCCAAUAUGGCGGCUGUCGCUGUGCGGCGGCAACGCGGCGGCAGUGGCGUCGCGGGCGGGAGCCAAACUGCUACCACCAAAGAUCCGCAUCGUGUGGAACCCUCCUAUCAACUCCUACCACCACACUGAGAAGUUACGGCUGGUGAUAACAGCUGUUAACAGCGGAGCAAUAUGCAACGAUGAAUCUCAAUUCAGAUGCGGUGCGACUAGUCUCUGUAUAUCCUCGUACCUUGUCUGCGAUGGAGUCCGUCAUUGCCCCGGAGGUGAAGAUGAGGACUCGAGCGCUUGUCUGCAUCACCGCGACUCCCCACUCCUGGAGAUGCUGAGGAGGUUUGCAGCUAGAAACCAGGAGCUGUUGGGACUUGACCAGCCCGAUGGCGUUACAAAACCUUCGGUUAUAAUGAAGAUAACGGAGGGAGAACAAAAACAGAACGCAUUCAUGGAGUUUGCGGCGGCGCUGAAGCCUUACGGGCCGUGGAGCUACCUCGUUGUGGGCAUGCUGUUCUGCGCCACCAUCCUCAUGUUCUGUCUGGCGUGGGAAUGCUGUUGCAAAAGCUCCAAGCCAUCCGAUACGCCUCUGAACGUCAUCCCCGCAGCCUGCAUAGACAUCUCCCCGACCGUCAACGUGACCGCAGCUUCGCAGCAACUGUUCGAAACUCUUCCCCCCACCCCUCCAGAAUACGAACCACCCCCCUCCUACUCCUCCUUAUUCCCUAGAGCUUUCAAAUCAUCUCCCGCUCCCGUACCACACUGCUCUCACCAAGAACCUCCAGAUUGAGUUACUCGCUUACUUAAUAUGGUGUAAAAUAGUUGUAUCAUAAGUGAAGGACUGUUCAUUAAUCACGUCACACUGAUUUAUUUUCUUUCAUCGUCAACCGAUAAGCGUGCAAUGCUGGACCUGUGUCUUUCUCUAGGAAUUUCGACGGGCCGCGGUCUUGGGCCGUCAUUACCCAAAGGCUAUCGGAGACUCAUUUGAUGUUGUUUGCCCACCUAGUGAGGGGAUCUGCCAACGCUACGCCUUCCGAUUUGAGGUCUUUUCUCCAGCACCUACGGCCCCCUUAACGUUAUACUGCAGACCAACUCCUGUGUUGUGGUGUAACGCAACUCAUUCUGGAGUGACUUUCAACCAAUCAAAAUUAGCGCAGGCUCCAGAGCGAUACCUGCUGCCAAUCGUCACCAUAGACAAACUUAUAUGCCCAUCUUCGCAUCACGAUACACUAGAAAGAAAAAAGUUCACUUCCAAAGUCGCUUCCACUUUGCAUGGUUUUUGACAUCCUCACUUCGAAGACCGUUCUAGACCUUUUAUUGUGACGUCACACAUACGCGGCGAUAGUCUUUUCGACAUGCUUGCAGUUCUGAGCUUGUUUUUCCAAUCGAUUGGCGUCAGCGCCUGCUCCUGUUUCAUUUAACUUUAACUUCGUCAUGCUGUCUCAGAUUACGCAAGGGGUCCGCUUUCCAGUAAAGUCACUUCUAUUUUGCAUGGUCUAUACAACCUCCAUACAUAGGUACGCGGCGGUAUAGUCGCUUUGAACAUGCUCGCUCUGGACUUUUUUCUCAAUCGGUUCAGGUCCGAGGGAAUCAAGGUUGUCACACUCUUCGGUUACUCUCAUUUUGUGUUAGGCUAGCGACAAACCUUGCGGAAUUCCGCUUUAAUGGGACAUUAAAAUGUUAGACGAGCGCCUUUGCGCGGAACUGUCCCUCACAGGAUUUCGCUUAAUUUAUCCGUAGCCUUAAAGUAUGACGUGAUUAUUAGAUGGUCCCUGAGUAAGAUUGUAGCCAAAUCAAUUAGUAGGUAGCCUUAUAACUUUAGUGUAAGCAUUGCAAUAAAAUAAUUUUUUGAGUGCUGUUCUGAUAAUAUUAUGUGUCUUGAAACCUCGACGAAGUAUGUUUUUCAUCGGCUUAUUUAUAGGUCUGUGUAUUUCUUUUUUCUUUAUAACUUCUGAAGGUAGGUAUUUUAUUUGCAGAAUACAGAUGCAAACGAAAUAAAAAAUGUAGUUCAACAGCUUAGCGAUCAUACAGUUCCGAAACGAAUAUCUCACUACGAUCACGUGCACACCGUUUAUCGGAUUGAUUGAAUUGAUUGAUGAAGAUGGAUCUAGACUAAACGAGCAAAUACUCGCUCUUUGUCCAUUGUGUCAUAUCCUCUUUCGAUAAACACGUUUGCUUGUUUGGUCUAAAUGUACUUAAACAUUUUUUUAAUAUACAUGCAAACCUGUUUCUUCAUUGUUUAAUCGCUAAGUAUAAAAGAUCUAAUAUACUUUUGUUCUGAGAUAUAAUGUGAGAUGAGCCAUAUGUUGUACAAUAGAGUAUAGUUAUAAUAUUAUGAUUUAUGUUAACUAUUUGGGACCAAGAUUAUUUUAUGUACCUAUAAUAUUUGAGAAAUAUUUUGAGGAUUGUCUCAAAAAUGUGCCUUAUAAUGUGUAAACUAUCUUAAUUAAUUUACAGCAAAAAAAUAUAUCUAUAUAGAAAAAAAAUUGAACUAUUAAGUAUUUAAAGUGUAGCAUAUUAUUGUAAAAUCGAGGCAGUGUUUUUCAAUUUUGCGUUUGGAAAAGGCAUAGAUCCAAAACCAUACAGCCUCACCACAUUAUAUUACAGUAGGUAUGAGUGAUUUAACACAUAUUCUGAAAUUAGCAUUAGGUUAGGUAGGAUAAUAUGAUUCAAUUGAAUAUUGGUUGUUUUCGUGAGUGAAUGUCUUUAAUAUACCUACCUACUUAUAAUUUUUUGCGUGUGUCUAUGUGUGUGAAUCUAUCUUUUUGAGGAUUGUAAAAUAAGUAAUAAUGCAACUCUUGUGUAUUCUUCUAUUAAAGCCUGAC